AUGGCGAUGGAUCUUAAGCGACCCUUCCCGGGAAUGUCGGUGGUUCCUGUCCCCACCAAACGGAAUAAGGCUGAUGACGCAUUUGCUAUGGCGCCCUUUCCGUCAAACCGUCUGUCUAUGGGCCACAUAAUUCCGGCUGGCCUUCCUGGAAGCAUGCGUCGUACUUCUAGCCUGCUUAGCCCAAACAUGCUACUUACAGGCCAUGAUGGGGAGGUGUUUUGCGCAAAAUUUGUCCCCUGUGAGGGUUGCUACGUCGUCAGUGCAGGCUUCGAUCGUCAGAUAUUCCUGUGGGAAACCUAUGGAGAAUGCCAGAACAUCGCUGUAAUGACAGGUAUUUUUCUCUUUUCGUUUGCUAUUUAUUUAUUCUUUGCUUCGUGCCUUUUCCGCCUCACCUAUGUGACCAAGCCUAAUCGGUUUUGCUGUUGGUAACAUAAAUCACUCAUGCGGAAGUCUUGGACGGAAAGUAAUCAGUAGACGAUCUGUCAGACAAAAGUGCCAUAAAGUCAGAAGUAAGGAAAACCAGCCAACUUUCCCGAAAGUGCGUUUAAUCCACAGACCGCUACUUUCCGCAUCCACACUUUUGCCAAAAUAUGCUCACCGACUUCGACGAAGGAUCUGACGUCCGGCAAAUUGUCCAAGUUGCCAUCUCUGGUUGGCCAUCGUGCCGCGAAGUUCCGGAGAAAUGAUUAGCCGACGGUCGUGAUAAUCCCUCUUCGCCUGUGACUUGAACGCUUGUUUAUUCCUGAUUGGCUUACAACACGGAAGUGUGACCUCGUAGUCGACUAUUUUCAACCUGAACAACUAUUAGAGUGAGAUUCUUGCUGGAUUGUAAUCGCAUGGUUGUACGAGUACCGUCUUGUGUUUAUUGCCAUGUCGCGUUGAAAAUCGCCGUUAGUCACCUUGAGCUAGCGCGCACGAUCAUUUUGUUUGACAAUUUAUUUUUAACAUGCUUUUCUUGUGUGCCCGAUCAGACACGAUUGUUUUUAUUUCUUGAGCCUUACAUGUUGGUUGAUACCCAUGUUUCCUGGAUGGGCGUCUUGUGUCCGUGUCCUAAGGCCUUAAAUUAUCAAAUUUCUUUGUAACGUCACAGUAUUCCUUUCAUCCAGCUGUAAAAAGACGUUCGACCACAUACACCAUUUAAGUAACGUUUGUUUCUCAGGCGAUAUCGUUUUGGUAAAUAAAAAACCGAUCCAAUGGUCCUGUUCAUUAGCUCGAGGUUGUCUUCAAUGCUUGUCGUUUUUAUCACGAAUUUAGGCGCAUUUAAGGGACUUUGUCAGUAUUCUGUGAGGUUCGCAAUAGAUAUCAGAUUUUGCUUAGAACCAUUGACCUCCAUUACCGUUCUUACUAUUUGGGGGGAGGGGGGGAGGGUGGGACUUCCGAAUUCAUUGCAUUGGCAUUCCUAUCAUUCACUGAGCGCCGCGCCCAGUUCUCACAAUUGAACGUAUCCUGAACGCUGCUUUAAGAUGGAACCAUUGCAACCUAACCAUCAGUCCAGGAUGACGGAGGCUGACCGUCAAAGCAUUGGCUCUGUUGUCCUCAUCCCAUGUCUAUUGGUUAGGUCCACUUUAUAGAGUUUUGCUUCUGCCAGUAAUCGUUUUGUAUAUGAAAGGACGAAGGUCACAGUAUUUGCGACAGUUUUCUACCAGUUUCUACAAUCGGGCCGAGGGUCAUUGUGUUCUAACAGUUCUUAUCAUUCAGAAUAAUUGCAGUUCUCGUCGUCUAGUAUUAAACUUAACUACCAAAUUACGCUGUGCCCUUCACAUCCACCCUUUCAGGGCACGGAGGAGCCAUUCUCGAUCUCGCGAUCUCCUCGGAUGGAGAGUUGCUUUAUAGUGCAAGCUCUGAUAAAACUCUGGCCAUAUGGGACUUGGAGACCUGUCAGCGAGUCAAGCGCAUUAGAGGCCACCAGAACAUUGUAAAUAGCGUGGACAUCGCUCGACGUGGACCGCAACUCAUCUGCUCCGGCUCCGAUGACGGAACUGUUCGCCUGUGGGAUCGGCGAGUAAAGAAGGAGGUCCAGAACUUCCAAAAUACUUAUCAGGUAGGUUGCGUGUUAGUGUUACCAUUUUUGCUGACUGUUCCAGUCUUAUCUUCAUCAUUAUCAUUAGUGUCAGGGCCCGAUCUGCGUGGAACGGAUCCAAAUUUUUACUCGCUCCCGAACCCCUGCUUGAAGUCGACCACUUGCUUCGCCUCACCCCUGACCUGUGUGGAUUACCCGGGCUGGGGAGUCGCACUUAUGGAUUGGAAGUAGCACCGCAUAUUUACCUGGCCCCGCCUGGUACCCAUUAAACGUUGCCAACAUAUUUUUUUAGAAAACAGACCGGAUCGGCUUCAUGCGUGAUUGUUUGUGGUGGCCUGUUUUGCUCUGUCUACCACUGACAUCCAGAUGCUGACUGCUUCAUGGUCGCCUAAAGGCACUUGCGAACGUCUACUCGACAUCCCACCUCUAGUCUUCCCCGUAUUUUACCUAUGUCUUCCGCUGUCGAUUGUAGCGUGUUGUAACGAUUUGGGUUUCCUUCCGCAUGGUCCCAUUGCCAACCCUAUAUUGCUAACUCGUGCCUGAUAGCCUCUAUCAUGCGCCAGAUCCGCUUCUUCUUUGCCACAUACACAGCUAUGAUCCGGACAGCAGAUAACAAUGAUGGUAGGGGGCGCUCACCGAUCGUUCUUACAGAACUCACUCGUUCCGUUGUGCUUUAUGGACUCUCUCGAGCCCAACCAGCAGCCGCACAGCGACGCAUGAUAUAGGCAGUAUUUUAUUAGCGACAAAGGCAAGGGAGACUGGAAUGGCCAUUUCUGGCCUAUUAGUCGUCGUCAGCCAGUCAUGCCCAACCCAGAAGUGUGGAACACCCGAGGUUGGAGGCGCGGCCUCCAAGACGGUCUCUCAACUGCAGCAACCCAUUGAAGUAGCCACGACUCCUCGCUGUGUGAUGCAACUUAAGGGCACGCCACCGCCUGCCUAGAUCUCAACAGUUGCCAAUAAAGUAUGUUGCAAUGAUGGCAAGUGCAAUCAGGUCAGGAGGACCGGGUGAAAAUUGCAGACUCGCCAGCACGAGCACAGAUUGACAAUAAGAGUAUCGUAUCCCCCCUUCCAACUCGCAAUCACAUGGAGAAGGCUGGCCACACGUUGACCUUCAGGAAGAGACUAUCAUAGGCCAAAGCAACUCAUAUAUUGAACUACCCAUAUUAGAGACAACACUUUCUGAUGUCGGUUUUGCCAGUAGGCACACCGGCCUCCCCUGGCUUACACAAUCUCGCAUCGGCGACUAAGCAAAGACGAGGACUAGCCGGUAGCAGUUAACAUGAGGAAAUCGAAAAAAGAGCCAGAGAACUAGCUGAUCAGCUGAGGAAGCAAAAUAACCACCACAGAGGUCCGACUACCCUUUGCCAUGGUGAUUACUGACAGUGUUAGAAGUUCUUCACCUCUCCAGGCAACAAAAGAAUGUAGAGACCGACCAGUCCAGGGCUGGCUAAUUCAGUGAGCCAUUUUUUAUUUCUAUUCGCUUCUAUUCAUUAGACUUUCUGACCGAAGUCCGCAAAAUUUCAUCGAUGAUAACUUUUUUCCUGCAAACCAUUCCUUAUUUUCAAAUCACCUCUAAACUGUUACAAUUUUCUCCCGCCUCCUUUUGCUCUAGGUUCUAUCGGUCACCUUUAGUGACACCGCGGAAAUGAUUUUCUCCGGCGGAAUCGACAACAUCGUGAAGGGCUGGGACCUCCGAAAGCUAGAUAUCAGCAUGCGACUAAACGGCCACACUGACACUGUGACCGCACUCUCGCUCUCCCCUGACGGUAACCACCUCCUCUCCAAUGCCAUGGACAACACCCUCAGGAUGUGGGAUGUACGCCCCUACGCUCCCGCAGAACGUUGCACACGGGUAGGCCUUCUUUUCGGCUGUAAAGUCACUUGCGUCUUUUGCUUUCUUCAUUCGCCUGUCCUGAGGUCAAGGUAGCAGGAACGAAUCCCGGCCACUCGGGUCUUGGAGGCAACGGCUGUGCUCAGCAUCUAGGCUACACCGAAGCGGCUCCAACUGCGGCUGAAAGGCCGCGUUGAGACGCUGACUUAAGGGCACCGACUCUGUUGUGACGCCGCUAGUGAUGCUCUCAAGCAAAUUGCACAAAAAGGACAGUGCAGGGACGCACUGGGAACCUUAGUUAAGGACUUGGAGUCCAACCGAGAGACUUGGGAAGCCUGUGAGCAAGUCAGACAUGGUUGUUGCGUUACCAUGAAAACGCGAGCUGUAAUAGGCAGCAUGUUAUUACUGACAAAGACAAGGGCGACUGGAAUGGCCAUUUCUGGCUUAUUAGCCGUCGUCAGAUAGUCAUGCCCAACCCCGGAGUGUGCAGCACAUGGGCCUCGGACUCGCGACCUGUUAGUUAGAAGUCCAACGCCUCUAACCACUGGGCCACGGGCCCGUUGUCCUGUCGAAGGCUGCCGAAUACAGAAGGUCAAGAGGUAAUAUAAAACGCCAAAGAAGGCAUUAUCGCUGACCAAUGCUCAGACCCUGCCAACGCACCCGGAUUGGUCCCGUUAGACGCCCGCACAGACUCAUCAAUACCUUCAUCGUAAAACACAUGUUACCAUUGCCCUUCUGGUGUAUUUACAGUGAUUCUUGUGUGUUUUCUGUCCCUGAGCAUUUCUGCUAUCCCAACUGUCUUGUUGUUUUCUUAUCGCAGUAUUCUGCACGUCUGCCCUUCUCUCACCACUUCAAUUAGAUGGGCUCACCUGCGUUGCCGGUUUACUGACUUUUUCUUACUCACUGCAUGCAGGGACUCAGCCAUUUCUGUGGUAUUGAUCCACCACAUUACUUGUUUUCCCCACCGUCCCCCCUCCCCCCAGAUAUUCACCGGGCAUAUGCACACUUUUGAGAAGAAUCUGCUGCGAUGUGCCUGGUCGCCGGAUGGGCGACGAGUGACCUGCGGCAGCGGAGACCGCUUCGUCUACGUCUGGGACACCAACAGUCGCCACUUGAUUUACAAGCUGCCCGGACACUCGGCUUCCGUGAAUGAGACCGCCUUCCACCCUCUGGAACCCAUCCUGCUAUCCUGUGGCAGCGAUAAAAAGAUUUACCUCGGGGAGGUCGAAUUGUGA